UGUAACCGGCGACUAGUUAUAGAUAUUUCACUGCGCUUAUCGGCCGCGCGAUGGCCAAGGCGGUCGUGCCGACGAGCCAAGACCCUUUGACCCCAGAGAACUCGGCCACAAAGCCGCCAGUCUCGCCGGAGCGCUCGCCCAAGAAGGCGGCCAAGUACGCGCCUUCCGCGGCAAGUGCCAAGCAGAUUGCGGUUAAAUCCAACGACAACGCGAGCGAGGCCAAGUCACCGGGCAAAGGCAACUCGAAGGAGAAGGAGACAGCGCCGCCAGUAGCCAACGACGCUGCAAAGCCCGCAGAGACAAGUGCCGAGCCGGCAGCGCCACCACCCGACGAACCCAGCUUGGAGGAGCUGCUCGAAGUACCCGUGGGCAUCUUUGGGCCGCAGUUUACGCGUCGCGACACCGAAGAUCUGUGCUUCGCCAUGGGCAUGAGCCUCCAAGAGGUCGGCAAGCUCAUCGCAAUCUUCAAUGACAUUGAUGUCAACUGCUCCGGUCUCAUCAACUUGGUCGAGUUUUACCACCUUCUCGACUCGCCACAAAACGCGUAUACGCUCGGCGUGCUUCGCCUGGCGCCGGCGCGAAAAGACCCCAAGAAGCUCGAAAUCGACGACUUUGUCGAAAUCAUUUGCAAAUUUGUGCGCAUGCGGCCGCGCGAGGUCGUGACGUUUUGCUUCGAGACGUUUGACGAAGAUGAAUCGGGCGCGUUGGACCCUAUCGAGUUUCUCAACAUGUGCGCUGCGAUCCAGGUCAAGGGCAAAGGGUUCUUCGAUGGCAACUUUCGCAAAGCGAUGGCGUCGUUUGAUAAGAACAACGACGGACUCCUCGACCACGAUGAGUUCCAAGAGAUCAACGUCCAGUUCCCACUCGUCUUUUACCCGCUCUUUCAAUUCCAAAACAAGAUGCUGCAGCACACGCUCGGGUGGUGGAAGUGGUACCAAAUCACGUACCGCGAGCGCAAGAUCGACAUGUGGCGCAAGUACAUGCACUCGCACCUGGGGCGGGAGCCGCCGAUUACGCUCGAAGACCAACUUUGCAGCUGCCUCUACAAGACCAGCCAAAUGCGCCUCGUGGCUGCACAGCUCUAUAAGACCGACCAAAUGCGGCUGACGCUCGAGGCGAAGCGCGCGGCGUUGCCUAUCAUACCAAAAGCCAAGGUCCCGCUUCCGUCGCCCAACGACAAGUACAAGCAAAGGUCGCCAUCCAAGAAGCAGCCAAUCCAGCCACUCAACCCCAUCAUCAAGCCCGCUGCGACGGCGAAAGAGCUUCAGUUAGCAAAGAAGCACACGUCGAGUAUACGCGCAAAGACGUCGCGAUGACAUCAUUAUCAAAACUACAGCGCGUUUGUUUGCUAUACGAUC